AUGAUGGCGCUGGCGGUCGUCGGUGCCUUGACGAAGUGCUUGGAUCUUCCUGUGAUCUUCGGAGUGAUUGCGUUCGGCUUGCAGUGGGGCUUCUUCCUCCUGCAGGGUUGGCCACAACGUUCUGAGGUGCUGUAUGACGCCUCAGGCUCCCUCACUCAUCUUUCGAUUGUUCUGGCUGCCCUUCUUCAUGAUCCCCUUCGAAGUCCACGUCAGAUCUUUCUAAGCAUCUUUGCGGUAGUCUGGUGCACACGCUUGGGAACUUUUUUGUUCAAUCGCAUCUCGCAAGACUCGAAGGACUCCAGAUUCACCGAGCUGAAGCAGAAUUUCUGGUCGUUCUCCGUUGCCUGGAAUUUGCAGGGUUUGUGGGUCUUCCUCCUUGAACUUCCAGUCAUGAUGGUCAACACAUCGCCACAACCACCAACUGGCCUUUGGGACGUGGUGGGUUGGUGCUUAUGGUGCACUGGGUUUCUGGUGGAAGCAGUCGCUGAUGGUCAAAAGUUCGCAUUCCGAGGAAAUCCCUCCAAUCGGGGUCGCUUCAUUACUACAGGUCUCUGGAGAUAUUCACGCCAUCCGAACUACUUCGGCGAAAUUCUGAUGUGGGUUGGAUUGUGCACAUCCUUCACUUCGUGCGUUACUUCGGCAGCCCAGCUACUAGCUUGGAUCUCGCCAGCCUUCAAUGCCAUUCUCCUUGUUUAUGUCUCGGGUGUUCCUCUCCUGGAAAAAGCUGGCGCAAGCAAGUGGGGCCAGGAGCCAGAGUACCAACACUACAUGGAGGACCCUGUCUGGUCAUUCAUGAGAUUCAUGAGAUUCAUGAGAUUUCGUGAGAUACAUAGCUCCGAAUUCAUAAAAGCAACUUGCGCUCUGCAGAGCUCACCUCCUGAGCUUUCUUAG